GGCGGGGCAGAUUGAGGCCACAUCAUGCUGUCGCUCCCACACCUCUGAGGUCUCAAACCUCUCAUGUCCCAUUCUACUUUGAGCUCAUUUUCUUCAAAAAUACAUGAAAAAUUAUUAAAUUAAAAUGAUACUAAUACCCCGUGCAAUAAAUGGGCUGGAAAAAAUACCCACUUCAAGAAUUGCAUUGGAGUUGAUGGGUUUCACUGCAGAGCAGUAGCAUUUGGUCUGAUCAUUUGAGCAAUUGCUUUGAAAUGUUUCCUGUGUGUCCAUUAACCGCUUGUUGCUCCUCCCAUUCCCAGAUUCCUAUCAGUGGAGGGCUUAGAUCCUUUUCAUAUUGGAAGACUUGUGAUCUAAAAUGCACUUCAAUGGAUUGGUCAUAUGGAUUUCAACUUCAGAGUCCAUCCUAUAAGAAAGGAAAUCCCACUGGAUUUCGGUGCUCGAGUAUUAUUGAAAAAUGUGGUAGAUUGGGUACCACAAACACUAUUAACACUUUAUACGACCAGAGUUCAUUAAAUAAUAUCAACUUUGAUCUAGUAACUGUCAAUGAUCAUCAGUCUAAUGGUACAAGACUUCUGAAAUUUGUUGAGAAAGGGCAUACAUUGCUGAACAGUUCAUUAGAUACAAUUGUACCCUCUGUGACUUCUGCUGUCAAAGGCAGUUUUGAAAGAGUGUCUGGAUUCUCUAAUGUUUUAAAGGACGCCUCAGAUAAUUUCUCAAUUGUUUCUAUUGAAACAUUUAGGGGUACAGUUCUUGUUUUGGAGGAUGCUUUAUCUAAAGGGGCCACAUUAGUUGUAUAUGCUUAUGGGUCAGUGAAGGAAUUGCUUCCCUCAGAGAUACAGAAUGUACUUAAUUUUUCAGAAAAAACAUUUCAUCAGGCUUAUGUUUCUUUGGAGGCUCUGGAAAAAAUUCUUGGAUCGGACCCUGGCGAUCUAGCUGUUUACAUGUUGCUUUUCCUUGGAUCAUCAGCCGCUUUAUGGAGAACUUAUUUAGCAUUGACAUAUGGUGGAUAUGCUGGGGAUUUAUCGCCAAUGGCAACAUUACAGCUUUUAGUAGGAAAAGAUAAUGCUGUACUCAUUGAUAUCCGGCCUGAGGAUGUGAGAGAAAGAGAUGGAAUUCCUGACCUUAGACGAACUGCUCGGUUUCGAUAUACCAACAUCACACUACCUGAAGUAGGUGGCUCUAUAAAGAAGUUAUGUAAGAGUGGAAGCGAACUUGAAAACACCCUGCUUGCUGCUCUCAUUCGUGACUUGAAGAUUGUUCAAGAUGAGUCCAAUGUUAUAGUUAUGGAUGAUGAAGGUGGUCGUUCCAAAGGGAUUGCACGGUCAUUGAGGAAACUUGGACUUAAGAGACCAUACUUGAUGCAAGGUGGGUUCCGCUCGUGGAUAAAAGAUGGUCUUCGCAUUAAAAAGCUAAAGCCUGAGACAGCGCUUACCAUACUUAAUGAAGAAGUUGAGGCAAUCCUUGAGGAAAUCAAUCCAACACCCUUAAAACUUCUUGGAUAUGGAGUGGGUUCUAUGGCAGCUGUAUAUGUAGUUCUCGAGUGGGAGAAAGCGCUGCAACUGGUUGGUUUCUGUGGUCUCUUUCUGACAGUAUAUCUGCGACUUUCGUCUUAUAAGGAUUCAGAAGAUAUUGAGCAGGAUGUUAGGCUGCUGCUGACUCCGUUUAGACUUGGAGGCAAGGCAAUUUAUUGGGUGAUUGGCAAGUUGGGAAACAACGGUGGUGGGCUGCCCACUUCGCCUUCUUCAACUGAAGUCCAGAGCAGGGUGAUGCAAGCUGCUGCGAAGCACGAGUCUCAACUAUCUGAUAGUGAAGACUCCCAAGAACAAUCCUCCCGAGAAAUGUCUUCUGUGAAUGAUAGUGUGAAUCUUCCAUAAGCAUGAUGGUUCUCCAACACCUUUUAUUGCCUCCCUACAAACCUUUCUCUUCUUUACCACUGCUUUAACCUAAGCACAUCAUGGAGUCAUGCUCUAUGACCACAAAAUAAAACUCUGUUUUUGGUAGGUGUCUGAAUCAGAAAAUUGCUGAUGUUUCAAGAACACUAAUUAUGUGUAGGGAAACUAUUGGAAUUCUUUGCUGGCAUGUGUAAAUUGAGUAAACUGAUAUCUUUUAAUGAAAACAAACUAUGAUUUGAGGAUAACUGGAUUAGGCCAUAAGC